AUGGCUGAUGCACUUAUUACUUCCACAAUAAAGGUGGCACUGGAGAAGACACUUGUCCUUGCCAAUGAAAGGAUUGGCAAGUUAUUCCAAUUCAAGAAGGAUUUGGAGACCCUGAGAGGAUCCGUUGCCAUGAUCCAAGCUGUCUUGGCUGAUGCUGAGGAAAAGCAAACGCAUGACCAGGCCGUGCAACUGUGGCUCCAGAGGCUGGAAGCCGUGGCGUUUGAUGCUGAGAAUUUGUUGGACGAGCAGAAUUAUGAAGCUCUUCAUUGCCAACUCGUGGGCAAGGUACGCUCCUUCAUCCUGUCCUCUGACAUUAAUAUCGUUUUCCGAUGGAGAAUGGCCUCUAAGAUCAGCGACAUCAACAAGAAGUUGAAUAAGAUCAAUAAAGAAGCCAAUGAUUUUGGACUGAUCAGAAGGGCAACUUUCCCCGCUUCUACUACUGUCUACUGCUAA